GCGCCGCCGGCGGUGGGGCGGGGGGACCUGGAGGGACUAGUUUGCUCGCGCCGCUGCGCGUGGUGACGUCAGAGCGGAAGCGCACGCUGCGUAAAGCGGCUCCGAACGCGGCGGUCACGGGCACAUCCGUCGCGCCGAGGACGCUGGUUAGUUUCGCUCCGGGUUCCGGCUGCGUCGGGCGUGCGUGCAGCUCGCGGAGACUAUGGCGUCCGGGCCUCACCCGACAGCGACCGCUGCCGCCGCCAGCUCGUCGGCCGCCGCCCCCAGCGCGGGCGGCUCGAGCUCGGGGACCACGACCACGACGACGACCACGUCGGGAGGGAUUCUGAUCGGAGACCGCCUCUACUCGGAAGUUUCUCUCACCAUCGACCACUCGCUGAUCCCGGAGGAGCGGCUGUCGCCCACCCCGUCCAUGCAGGAUGGGCUCGACCUGUUUAGCGAGACGGACUUGCGCAUCCUGGGCUGCGAGCUCAUCCAAGCCGCCGGCAUCCUCCUCCGCCUGCCGCAGGUGGCGAUGGCAACGGGGCAGGUGUUGUUCCAUCGGUUCUUCUACUCCAAGUCUUUCGUCAAACACAGUUUCGAGAUUGUUGCCAUGGCUUGUAUUAAUCUUGCAUCAAAAAUCGAAGAAGCGCCCCGAAGAAUAAGAGACGUGAUUAAUGUGUUCCACCACCUACGCCAGUUAAGAGGAAAAAGGACUCCAAGCCCCCUCAUCCUUGAUCAGAACUACAUUAACACCAAAAAUCAAGUUAUCAAAGCAGAGAGGAGGGUGCUAAAGGAGUUGGGAUUUUGUGUUCAUGUCAAGCAUCCCCAUAAGAUCAUUUUUAUGUAUUUACAAGUCUUAGAAUGUGAACGUAAUCAAACCCUGGUUCAAACUGCCUGGAAUUAUAUGAAUGACAGUCUUCGAACCAAUGUAUUUGUUCGAUUUCAACCAGAGACUAUAGCAUGUGCUUGCAUCUACCUUGCAGCUAGAGCUCUUCAGAUUCCAUUGCCCACUCGUCCCCAUUGGUUUCUUCUUUUUGGUACUACUGAAGAGGAGAUCCAGGAUAUCUGUGUAGAAACUCUUAGGCUUUAUACCAGGAAAAAGCCAAACUAUGAAUUGCUGGAAAAAGAAGUAGAGAAAAGAAAAGUGGCCUUACAAGAAGCCAAAUUAAAAGCAAAGGGAUUGAAUCCUGAUGGAACUCCAGCCCUUUCAACCCUUGGUGGAUUUUCUCCAGCCUCUAAACCAUCAUCACCAAGAGAAGUAAAGGCUGAAGAGAAGUCACCUAUCUCCGUUAAUGUGAAGAUGGUCAAAAAAGAACCUGAAGACAGACAGCAGGCUUCCAAAAGCCCUUAUAAUGGUGUAAGAAAAGACAGCAAGAGAAGUAGAAAUAGCAGAAGUGCAAGUCGAUCAAGGUCAAGAACACGAUCACAUUCUAGAUCACAUACUCCAAGAAGACAUUAUAAUAAUAGGCGGAGUCGAUCUGGAACAUACAGCUCGAGAUCAAGAAGCAGGUCCCGCAGUCACAGUGAAAGCCCAAGAAGACAUCACAAUCAUGGUUCUCCUCACCUUAAGGCCAAGCAUACCAGAGAUGAUUUAAAAAGUUCAAAUAGACAUGGUCAUAAAAGGAAAAAGUCUCGUUCUCGAUCUCAGAGCAAGUCUCGGGAUCACUCAGAUGCGGCCAAGAAACACAGGCAUGAAAGGGGACAUCACAGGGACAGGCGUGAAAGAUCUCGCUCCUUUGAGAGGUCCCAUAAAGGCAAGCAUCAUGGUGGCAGCCGCUCAGGACAUGGCAGGCACAGGCGCUGACUUUCUCGGUUGAGCCUGCAUCAAUUCCUGGUUUUGCCUGUCUACAGUGUGAUGUAUGGACUCAUAAUCAAAACAUUAAAAGCAAACUGAUUAGGAUUUGAUUUCUUAAAACCCUCUAGGUCUCUAGAAACACUGAGGACAAUUUCUCUUGAAAAGAACUAUUAAUUUUUUUUUUUUUUUUUUUUUUGCACAUUAAAAUGCCCUAGCAGUAUCUAAUUGAAAACCAUGGUCGGGUUCAAUUGUACUUAUAGUUGUGUAUUGUUUAUUGCUAUAAGAACUGGAGUGUGAAUUCUGUAAAAAUGUAUCUUAUUUUUAUACAGAUAAAAUUGCAGACACUGUUCUAUUUAAGUGGUUAUUUGUUUAAAUGAUGGUGAAUACUUUCUUAACACUGGUUUGUCUGCAUGUGUAAAGAUUUUUACAAGGAAAUAAAAUACAAAUCUUGUUUUUCUAAA